AUGCCAGAAACUAACCCGCGGGACAUCCUCCCGAACCUCCCCUGCGCCCUCCCAACAGCAGGCAUCCCAGCAAACACAGGCGUCCGCAAGACUGCGGGCCUAUUCUCCGACCUCUUCCGCACCGACCUCACGCCCACUCUUUUUACUCAAGACGCAGUAUGGCGAGACACCUUCGCGCUGACCGGCACCUUACGAACCUUCUACUCCGCGCCCACCAUCUGCGACGUCUUCAACCGCCUAUGCACCAGCCGAGAAGCCCAUGCCUUCUGUGUCGACAUCGACGCCGCGAAGCCUGUCCGCCUGGGUGCCGAAUGCGGCUGGAUCGACGUGCCCUUCGUCUUUCAGACCAGAUCACGCCCAGCCACCAAUUGCUCGGGAGUGAUGUCGCUGGUCCGGGCCGCCCCGGAGGAGGAGGAGUAUCGGGUGUGGAUGCUGUGCACGAUGCUUGAGGGAUUGCUCGGGUGGGGGGAUGUGGAUUCUCUGGGCCAUGAUAUUGCGAAGGAUAUGGUCGCAUCUGGGGCUUCAUGUGUCACUAUGGUGCAGCGUAGUACAACUUACGUUCUGCCUCGGGAAUACCUGCAGCGAGCAUGGGAAGGCAUGUUCAACGAUGUGACGCCUACGGAGGUCUCCGACCGCGAGAUGAACCUCGUCCCGACUGCUGUGGCGCGUCUGAUGACCAUGGCAGCUGUGCAUCCCCCGGCCGCCGCCGAGCCAGAGCGGUUCCAGGCUCUCCACCGCGCUGGGUUCCGAGUGGAAGUGUUUGGAGAUCUGAUCUAUCAGUUGAACCAGCGUCUUGGUGGGCAUUCUAUGGAUACAGGGUCAUCGGCAAUGAUCGCCAGGGGCGAGAUCAAAGUCAAAUCCGAUAGUCCGUUAGCGUCAUACACAGAAGAGGGCCUCCUUUUCAGUGACGGGAGCGUCCUUCCGGCGGAUGUUGUGAUCUUCGCGACGGGGUUCACCGGGAACCUCCGUGACUCGGUCCGCACGUUCUUCGGCGAAGACAUCUACAAUCGCGUGGAGGACUACUGGGGUGUUGAUCCGGAGGGUGAGUUGAAGGGCGUUUACGUCCCAACUGGCCAUCCUGGUCUAUGGUAUAUGGGAGGAGGAAUGGGCCAAGCUAGGUUCUAUUCGAGAUUUGUGGCCUUGCAGAUCCGUGCCAGCCUCGAUGGGACUCCAUUGCCUGUGUACCAAGGAAUACACCUAAAGGAGAACUCGGCAUAG